CGAGGAUCUAGAUGUCAAUGCACAAAUUCAUGGAAAUUGGACUGUAGAAAAUGCUAAAUCGAAAUUACAUCAGUUCAUGCAGACAAAUAAGAUUCAUGCUGACUACAAAUAUACCCAAAUUGGACCUGAUCAUGCUAGGUUUUCAAUAAUACAAGAUGGCCAUUUUGCAAAGUGUUUGAUUUUCUUAACGCCAAUGACAAACCUGGGGCAUGCCUCUUGAUAAUGCAUCGAAAAAAAUUUACCACAAUACUAAGCUGUAGAAAAAAAGUGGGAUCAUAACACCAUACAAGAAAUGAAUAGAAAUGCCAUUAAAUGGUAUAUGGAUGGAUCUAAAGCAGAAGACAGAAGUGGAAUAAGAGUAUAAGGCCCUAGAACCAAUAUGUGAGUGAAAUACCAAGCAUUUUUCAAGCAGAAAUCUAUGCAAUUGAAAAAUUUGUCAAAUUAAAUCUAAAUCUAUCUCAAACAGGAGAUUAUUAUCUUGUCCUAUAGCCAAGCAGCCAUUUCUUGGACAAGUUAAAUUAGUUAGUCAAGAAAAAUAAAGUCACCUUACAAUGGAUUCCGGGACCUAUAGUGGCUGAGACAGACUCUUUUGAGAAACUAUAACCAGAGUAGAAUAUUAACAGGUGUCCUAUCGGGAUACUGUCACCUCAAUAAGCAGAUAAUGCAGCAUAAAUACUCCAAAGCAAUACACCGACGACGUUUCUAGUCAUCGGUUUUAUUUUGGACAAGCCUUUUAAUGAUACUGCUGGAGAAAUCUUCAGAUCAGACAUUUGUCAAGAUCCUGUCGCAAUAAUAAAGGGGGGCAAAAUAGAUCCUUUAGGUUUUAGUGAAUAUGACACCCCGAUGUCCACUAUACAUACAUAAAGAUCCUGUUGUGAGAGCAAAAUUCAGAGUUACUUGAUUUAUGGUUGCAGGAUCUAUGAAAAUGAUACUGGAAUCAAUAGUGAUUGACACGAAGAUGUCAAUGAUUUUGUUUUAAGAAUGGGUUAGUGAUUUAGUACAAAUGAAUGAGUUGAACAAAGUCAUAGGCUUUCUGUAACUUUAGUCAUUCCUACUAAGAAGUAGUAGAUUAUUCUACUUUCUUCCUUGGCAAUAUGUUCUGAAGGACCUAUGAGAAGACAUUAAAUGAAUUCACGUUGUGUACCUUGAUUUCUGUUGAUGAUGAUGAUUUUUAUGGCAGGGCACAUCGAUUAACGAAUCGCCACGGGAAUUAUAAUUUCUCGCAUCAAUCGAAUUAUCUCAAAUGCUUUUGGUUUGUUUUCAUAUAGGUCCUGCAAACAACUUUUUCACAUGGAUUAAGAUAACGUUUGUAGCAGAAUUGAGUUUCUAUGUGAAACAACUUGGUAGAUCAAUUCACGGUCGAGAUUCGGGAUCUAAUAAACAGACUGCAAGUAAAAGUUGCGCUCUAUCUGUUGUUCGGCAGCUUUUCCAUUUAGGAGUUAUCGAAGCUUUUUCAGGUACAUUGAAGAAAGAGAAAAAAUCAGCCACGGAAAUGCCUCCGUUCCAAGUGAGAAUAUCUCCUCAUUUGAAAAAACAAAUACAAGAUUGUCUAAACGAGUUGAAUGUUACCCCUACUCCGUUAAAACCAAUUGUAAAAGAUGAAAACGGAGAAGUUCAACCAAUUUCUUUAUUAAGUAGUCACGUGUUAGAUGAUUUCCAACCUGCUAAACCGACAGAAGCGGGAGUUGUCACUUGGUCACCUCCUCAACCCAAUUGGAAUUGUUGGACGGGUUGUAAUGUAGAUGAGGGUUAUUUGGCUACUGCAACACUAGAAGAUUUGAGCGAACAAAUGCUGAAAGAAUGGAGAUCUCGUUUGGAAAAUGAUUCUUCUUUAAUAAAAAGUAUACAGGAUAGACAACAACUACCAGUAUAUGCUAUGAAAAGUGUAAUUAUGGAAGCUAUUAAUGAACAUCCGGUUAUUAUUAUAAGAGGAAAUACAGGUUGUGGUAAAACCACACAAGUCUGUCAGUUCAUUUUAGAAGAUUAUGUUAUGUCCGGUCAAGGAGCUUGGGCGAAUAUUUGUGUGACACAACCAAGACGUAUAUCAGCAGUUUCUGUAUCUGAGAGAGUAGCAAAUGAAAGAUGCGAAGAUUUAGGACUGUCUAUCGGUUAUUCGGUGCGUUUUGAAUCAUCUUUACCCAAACCAUAUGGUUCUGUGAUGUUCUGUACUGUUGGGGUUUUAUUGAAGAAACUCGAGAAUGGGCUUCGGGGAGUUAGCCACGUGAUUGUCGACGAGAUUCAUGAAAGGGAUGUUAACAGCGAUUUUAUAAUGGUCGUAUUGAGAGAUAUGAUCCACACUUAUCCGGAUUUGAGGGUUAUUUUGAUGUCUGCUACCAUUGAUACAACUUUAUUCUCCAAAUAUUUCAACAAUUGUCCAGUUAUUGAGGUACCGGGAAGAGCAUAUCCCGUAAAACAGUAUUUCUUGGAAGACGCUAUCGAACUAACAAAGUUUGUACCACCAACUGAUACUAAAAAAAGGAAAAACAAAUCUAAAGAUGAUGAGGACGACGAAGGUACCGGGAUCGAAGAUCCAGACGAAAAUUUAAACAAGGUGGUUACUGGGAAUUAUUCAGAAUUAACCAAAAACGUGAUGAGUAGAUUGAAUGAAAAAGAAGUUAGUUUCGAGCUUCUCGAAGCUCUUCUCGAUUAUAUAAAGAGUCAAAACAUUCCUGGAGCGGUUUUAGUAUUUCUUCCUGGUUGGAACUUGAUAUUCGCGAUGAUGAAACAUCUUCAAAAUCAUCCUGUUUACGGAGGACCUCAAUAUUGUAUUUUACCGUUGCAUUCGCAGAUACCGAGAGAAGAUCAAAGAAGAGUUUUCAAUCCCGUUCCUGAUCACGUGACCAAAGUAAUUUUAUCUACAAAUAUUGCCGAAACCUCGAUAACCAUUGACGAUGUAGUUUUUGUUAUUGAUAGUUGCAAAGCUAAAAUGAAGAUGUUUACGUCUCAUAACAACAUGACCAGUUAUGCUACGGUUUGGGCUUCCAGAACCAAUUUAGAACAAAGAAAAGGACGUGCCGGUAGAGUCAGACCAGGUAUUUGUUUCCAUUUAUGCUCUAAAGCGAGAUACGAUAAAUUAGAAGAGCACAUGACGCCAGAAAUGUUUAGAACGCCUUUACACGAAUUGGCAUUGAGCAUAAAACUGUUACGUUUAGGUUCUAUCGGUCAUUUCUUGAGUAAAGCCAUAGAACCUCCUCCUUUGGACGCAGUUAUCGAAGCCGAAGUACUUUUGAAAGAGAUGAAAUGUUUAGAUAGGAACGAUGAAUUAACACCCUUGGGUAGGAUAAUAGCCAAAUUGCCAAUUGAACCGAGAUUAGGAAAAAUGAUGGUUUUGGGAUGUAUAUUUAUGUGUGGUGGACCUCUCGCCACUAUGGCCGCUAAUUCGUCUACAUUUCCGGAAAUAUUCACUUUGGAUAUAGGUCACAGAAGAUUGAGUUUCCAUCAAAAGGCUUUGGCCGGUGACAGACAUUCCGAUCAUGUUGCCAUGUUGACAGCUUUCGAGAUGUGGGAUCACGCAAGACAAGGUGGAGAAGAAGCAGAGCUGAGGUUUUGUGAUUUCAAGGGAAUCAGUAUGCCGACAAUGAGAGUGACAUGGGAAGCCAAACAUCAGUUGCAACAAAUUUUAAAUAACGUAGGUUUCCCCGAAGAAACUUUAGCUCCAUUACCUAUGGAGACUGUUGGUCCAGAUCCGAGACUUGAUGUAGUUAUGUCUUUGAUGUGCUACGGAUUAUACCCGAACGUUUGUUAUCACAAAGAAAAAAGAAAGGUGUUGACAACGGAAAGUAAAGCAGCACUUAUUCACAAGACUUCGGUAAAUUGCAGUAAUCAAGAUCAAGGUUUUCCUUAUCCAUUUUUCGUAUUUGGAGAAAAGAUCCGAACCAGAGCCGUUUCUUGUAAGCAGAUGAGUAUGGUUACGCCGCUUCACCUUUUGUUAUUCGGAUCGAGGAAAGUCGAUUGGGUCGAUAACGUUGUAAGAUUGGAUAAUUGGAUAAAUUUGGAUAUGGAUCCAGAAGUUGCUUCUAUGAUUCUUGCUUUGAGACCAGCUUUAGAAAGUUUAGUGAUUAGAGCAUCUCAAGAACCCGAAUCCAUUUUGGAAAUGGGAGAAAUGGAUUGUAAGGUGGUGUCAACGAUUAAAGAAUUGUGUAAAUUACAUGCUGGCAGUUUUGAAAUAGAAAGAUCUCAAUCUAAUCUUUUAGCAUCUAACAGACCUAAUAGAGGACAUACAAUUGGAAAUUACAGUGGACCUCCUCCGAAAUUCUUCCGGGGUGGUUCUGGCAGUCGAGGAGGAAUGGGAGGUGGUUACAAUAAUGGAGGCGGCGGGUAUAGAGGUGGAAGAGGUUACGGCGGCGGUAGUUAUGGAGGAUACAGAGGAGGUGGUGGAUAUGGGGGAAGAGGUGGUUUUGGAGUUAGAGGAGGAGGUGGUUUUGGUGGUAGAGGAGGAGGUGGUUUUGGAGGUAGAGGUGGCGGUUAUGGAAGUAGAGGAGGAUACUAAAUAUUUAGUUUAUUUAUUCGGUUUCAAAAUAUUUAUUGCAUUUGUAUUAGGACUUCUUAGAAGUUAAAAAGUUCUUUUGACUAGAAUAUAUAUGUAUUUACUUAAAAUUGACUAUAAUAAAAGAAAAA